AAAAAAGGAAAGUGCGUAUAUUUUUUUCUCUUUGAUUUAAAUACUCUACCGGUUCCCACGUAUUAUCUCCCUAAGCCCCUCACUUCCCCUCCUUCUUCUUCUUCUUCCCUUCUACUUCUUCCGUUAAUGGGAAAGGUUUCUCGCCGGAGCAAGAAGACCGUCGACGAGUCGGGAGGCGCGAUGGCUUCCGCGUCCGCGUCCACGGGUCAGAAAGCCAAACGCACGCGGCGUUCUCUGCCGCGAGACGCUCCUCCGCAACGCAGCUCUGUCUACCGCGGCGUCACCAGGCAUCGGUGGACGGGCCGAUACGAAGCGCAUUUAUGGGAUAAGAAUUGUUGGAACGAGACGCAGAACAGAAGAGGAAGACAAGUAUAUUUAGGGGCAUAUGACGACGAGGCAGCAGCAGCACGUGCUUACGACUUGGCGGCAUUGAAGUACUGGGGACGAGACACCAUCUUGAACUUCCCUGUGGCCAGCUAUGAAGAUGACCUAAAAGAAAUGGAAGGUCAGUCCAAAGAAGAGUACAUCGGGUCUUUGAGAAGGAAAAGCAGUGGAUUCUCCCGUGGUGUAUCAAAGUAUAGAGGGGUUGCGAGGCAUCACCAUAACGGGAGAUGGGAGGCUCGAAUUGGAAGGGUAUUUGGCAACAAGUAUCUAUACCUUGGAACAUAUGCUACGCAAGAAGAAGCGGCCAUAGCAUACGACAUCGCGGCCAUAGAGUACCGCGGACUUAACGCCGUUACCAACUUCGAUCUCAGCCGUUAUCUCAAAUUCCUCUCGCCGGGAAACCUUACCGACGGCAAGCUUCAUCUUCCGGCGAAUCCAAAUUCCGACACGAACCCGUCUUCCGACCCGAGCCAUCAUCAUGAGUCCGAAUCAUCACAGGAGCAGACAUCAUCGUAUUCUCCUUCGGUGGCGAGGUUCUUGCUGUCGCCUUCGAAGGUGAAGGAGAUCAUCGAACCAUUGACGCCGGCGGAGAUUGCUCGGCCUGGCCGGAGCUUCCCGGGAGAUAUUCAGACGUACUUCGGCGGUCAAGAUCCCGGCAAGCUGAUGACGGAGGAGGACGUGAUUUUCGGGGAGUUAGAUUCUUUCAUUUCGCCGGAGUUCUACAGCGAGCUUGGGUGAUUGUUCAAGAGUACUUUCUGGAUUGGAUAUUCUUUUCAGAUCCCUAAAAGAAAGAAAAACAAAUCUGGGAAUAUCAAAGGAUUGAUAUUGAUAAUGUUUUUAUAUGCUUCCAAUAAACAUCACGUGCAUCAAUUAUUUUGUUUUUCUUGAGUGAA